AUGGCAGAUAUGACUUUGGAGCAAGUGGAAAUGGGUUGUUCUACGCAGAAUGUGCAGCUUCAAGCAAAAGGACGUCCCUUAACGGCUCUGCCUUGGGGAUAUCGACAGGCGCCCAGCUCCAGGAGUCGCUUUUUCGCAAAGCUACCAGCGGAAAUCCGGACUCGGAUUUACCGACAAGCUUUUGGCGAUCGAGUCUUCCACAUCAACUUACAUAUCUGUGUUGCCGACUGUUGGAGAAUCAGAGGUAGAUCGCGGGAUUCAGCAAACACCCAGAUCAAAGAGAUACCAUCGAACAGGGCGAGCUGCGAUGACAGAUAUUGGUGGGGAAGUGCUUGCAAUCACUCAAAUUUAGGUUCAAAGAGUAACUUGUGUACCGAUAUUCAUGGUGCCCAUUUUAUUAUCGAUCAAGCUACGCCGUCCAGGAUGACGUCAAUUGGCGUUAUGGGUUGGCUACUCAGCUGUCGACAAGCGUAUGUGACCCCAAUAGAAGACUCGUACGCCUAUCGUUUACUGACUUCAAGUUUGUAUCGCAGUUACAUCGAAGCGGCCGAGAUUCUUUAUUCGAACACGUUCCAUUUCGCAGGAAAUGCGCCUCUCCGCGACUUUACUCAGCGAGUUCCUCCACACAGCCUUGCCUGCAUGAAAGGAUUAAUCCUUAAUCCAGUGGGAAUCGAGCCCGAUGGUCAACACGGUGUUGGUAACAUAUCGAAUCAUGCUUCUAGUAUUGGGGAGCUUGAGCGGGUUGCCUCAAUCCUUGGAUCGGGCUCAUUUCAAAACCUACAAGAGUUGGAUGUGAAAAUCAUUGAUUUAUUGGGGCAAGAGUCUGUCUUCACCGAAGACACAGAUAAACAGACACGACGAACACUUGCAGUCUUUGAUAAGCUCCUACCUAGAAUGAGUCUGCGAUUUCGACGACUUCAAAUUUACCUGGAGGAUGUAUUAUACGAGGCUGCUAGAAAGAUGACCGAAAUCAGCGAUAAGAAUUUGCUUAAGGAGGGAACGAAAUGCAAAACACCCGAGUUACAUGGCAAGCGCGGAUUCUGGCGAUCAGUUCUAGAUACGCAUCAUCUAUCUUCGGGAUAUUGGGUGGCACAAGACAAUUGGCAGCGCCAGUGUAUGGGCCGUGUCAGUCGGGCUUCAUCUGGCUCGGUUUCUCAGGGGUUAAGAAGGCUUGUUAAAUUUUGA